UCACUUCCCAGGAGGCCUCGCGCGCCACCGGACAUGCUGCGAGCCUAUAAGAAGGCGAGGCUACGCCCUCCCCUCCGCUUUAGGGUGGCAUUGCCAGCCAGUUGUUCGGGCAGGUGUCUUCUGCAUCUCCUAGGAGCCUCGGGAGCUGUAGCUCCGGCGCCUGCUGGCGAGAGGCGGGUUCCAGAGAUCCCGACCCCACUUCGUCCCUCUGUGGUUAGGGGCAGAAUUGAUGACAUAGUUGUGACAGAGACCAUGUGCUCUACAAAGCCUAGAAUACUGACUACCUGGACCUUUACAGAAGAGCUUGCUGACUCCUGCCUUAGAACAGAGCCUCCUGGGGCUCUGCAAAGUGAGGGCACAACAGGAGGCCAAAGCUUGGAGUGCAUCAUCAGAAUGGCAUCAGGAUGGUUCUACCUGUCCUGCCUGGUGCUGGGGUCCCUGGGCUCCAUGUGCAUCCUCUUCACGGUCUACUGGAUGCAGUACUGGCGUGGCGGCUUUGCCUGGAAUGGCAGCAUCUACAUGUUCAACUGGCAUCCAGUGCUUAUGGUAGCUGGCAUGGUGGUAUUCUACGGAGGUGCAUCGCUGGUGUACCGUCUGCCCCAGUCGUGGGUGGGGCCUAAGCUGCCCUGGAAACUCCUCCAUGCAGCACUGCACCUGAUGGCCUUCGUCCUCACUGUUGUGGGGCUGGUUGCUGUCUUUACGUUUCACAACCAUGGAAGGAUUGCCAACCUCUACACUCUGCACAGCUGGCUGGGCAUCACCACCGUCUUCCUCUUCGCCUGCCAGGAAAAACGGCACCAGGCCAUACUCCAGCCUGCCCAGCGAGGCCGUCUUUGCCAACAGCACCGGGAUGCUGGUGGUGGCCUUCGGGCUGCUGGUGCUCUACAUCCUUCUGGCUUCAUCUUGGAAGCGCCCAGAGCCAGGGAUCCUGACCGACAGACAGCCCCUGCUGCACGAUGGGGAGUGAAGCAGCAGGAAGGGGUUCCCAGGAGCUCCUGGUGCUGCAGCCUGUGCUCCUCAGAAGCUCUGCCCUUCCCAGGCUCCCAGCUGGCUUCAGCAGAUGACUUUCUUCUAAGUCUGGGCCCAGACUUCUCACCUGGGUGCUGAGCCUGCCUUCUCCAGCCACUUGCUGCCUGUCUGCUUUUCUUGGUGGCUUUGGCUUCUGCACUACUUGGCAUCAGCUUCUCAGGUCCACUGUUCACAUGAGGUCCUCCUUGCCCUGGCCACUCCUGCUGCUCCUGCCUGAAGAAAUCAGACUGAUUUCCGCUUAAGACUCCUGGGGGCGUGGUGAAGAGCUGGGGCUCACAUGCAUUCCACGACAUGAACCACGAGGGAGGUGAGGUAUCUGUCUGCUUCCCCCACAAAGGCAUGCAUUUCAGUUAGGCCGCCCCGCCAUGGAGCAGGCUUCAUCUGCUCUGCCAUCCAGCCCCAUCUGGAGGUGUGGUGGGGUGGAGACAUCAUGGAGUGAUUGCAGAAGCAGGGAGUGGCGGCCCACGCAGCUUCCGCUGAGGAGCUGACUGUUCUGAGCUGUUCUAUUUGUAUUGCUACCCUGAGUCUGCGUGUAUUGUGACCAUGCGGCUCUACCUCUUCCAGCUGCUGCUACAGCUGAGGCCUGGAUCCUGGCCUUUCCCUGUGACUUACAUGCCUGUCGCCAGCAGGCAGCCCUGUGAAUCCUGGUAACUUGCUCUCCCAAGAACAGAGCCUGUCCCCAGAUGUCUCAAUAGUAAUGAGUAACAGAGAUGGCUGUGGAUUUCCUUUACUUCCCCUUGUUGGAUCAGGGCCUUCCUGCCUCCUGCUGGGCAGGGCCCUAGCCCCUCUGAUCACUCUGUAGCACAUCAUGCAACUGAUGCCAAAGUUGUGGGGUCCUGUGUGCAACAGAGCCCUGGAAGCCACUGCUUGCCUUCAGAGGGGUUCCUUGCUGAGACCCACAUUGCUUCACCUGCCCCCACCAUGGCUGCUUGCCUGGCUCAACCAGAGUUCUGUGCCAUGCUGGAGCUGGAGCUGUUGCUCUUCUUCAGAGGAGGAAACGGGGUGGGAAGAGGGAAGGGUCUUGCUUCUCUUCUAAGUGUUGCUGCUGUGGCUUUUUUGCCUUCUCCAAAGAAGCCCUGCCAGGUCCCAGGCUCUAGACUGCUGUGCUUAGUUGGCAAGUGAGAAGCCUGGGGUCUGGAGCCCACCUACUCUCUAGCAGCAUCAGCAUCCUACUCCUGGCGACAUCAGGCUAACUGUCCACCCCAGCUUCAUACCGCCAGAUGUUGGCGGAAGGGCUAAUACUGAAUGUCUUGAUUGGCUGGAGCCUUCAAAGCCACUGGGAUGUCCUCCACGCAGCUGGGUCCCAUGACCAGCUCCCUGUCUCCAUAGGGGUAGGCAUUUCACUGAUUUUUGAAGCUCAAAUUUCAUUAAAUAUGUUAAGAAUCAAA